GUGUGCCAGGUGUACCAGCUGUGCCAGCUGUGCCAGCUGUGCCAGCUGUGCCAGGUGUACCAGGUGUGCCAGGUGUACCAGGUGUGCCAGGUGUGCCAGGCGUGCGAGCCCCCCCUCUCCCCCCAGGGCGCCAGCUGACCAUCUUCAACAGCCAGGCGCGUGUCCGGGUGGGGGGCCGGGACCGCGGCCGCCCCUUCCAGGGGCAGCUCUCGGGGCUCUACUACAACGGGCUGAAGCUGCUGGCGCUGGCGGCCGAGGGCCACCCCCGCGUGCGCCUCGAGGGGGACCUGCGGCUCGUGGGGGACCCCCCGCCGCCCCCCGCCCCCCCCGGCGCCACCCCCGCGCCCCCCGACAUGGCCACCACCAUCAUGGAGACCACGACCACCAUGGCCACGACCACCACCCGCCGCGGGCGCUCGCCCACCCUGCGCGACACCGUCGCUCAGAACACGGACGACCUGCUGGUGGCCUCGGCCGAGUGUCCGAGCGACGACGAGGACCUGGAGGAGUGUGAGCCGGGCACAGGUGGGUGCGGCUCCGGGGCCCCGGGAACACGCGUGUGACACGGCUGCACACGUGUGUGACAGGGCUGCUCGCGUGGGACACGGCUGCUCACGUGGGACGCGGCUGCGCACGUGUGUCACGUGGCCACAUGUACUGACAGGGCUGCACACGCGUGUGUGAUGUGGCCGCGCACACGUGUGAUGUGGCUGCACACGCGUGUGUGAUGUGGCCACACGGGCCCGGGGCUCCCCCCUCCCCCGGCAGUGGUGAGACCCCCGCACACGGGGGGGGCCUGGGGGGCUGCGGGCACUGCUCACAGCU